AUGGUGGUUGCAGGGCGGCUCCAGUGGGUUCGGCGGCACAUCCUCCAGGGGGUGUGCACCCACAUCACGGUCGGCUCGGCCUCUGUGCAGGGGCGCUCCAAGGUCAAGAUCAUCCUGGACCCAGCGGGCCCUGCCAUCAGCGACAACAAUCGGGACGUGCUGCCGGGCAUCCUCAUCUGCGUCGAGGGCCUCCUGCGCACGCACGUGGCGAUGAUGACGACGAUGACGGGGCUGGUGGCGAUGACCUUAGUGGCGGAGGUGGGCAUGGCCAUCGCCGUCGCGCAGAGCAUGGCCUACCUGACCCCUGGCAUGGUCCUGGAGGUAGCGACCCAUGGAGUGGAGGUUGUGCUAGUGCAUGGCAACUCUAUGGCACUGCGAAACGACCUCGUCGAUGUGCAGAUGGUGGCGACCCCCUCCCUUGCCUACCUGACGUUCCUCACUUCCCUGCGUUUGCUUGGAACCGAGAUGCGCCUGAGUUCAAGAUGCCGCCUGGCGGUGACGCGGGCGUCAUUUUACAGGAGCUUGACUAGCAUCAUGGAAAGGCCGUUCCUGAAGCUGGUGUUCAUAGUGCUGGCAGCGCUUCUGCUCAUGGAGGCCUGGAUUCUGAACUACUUGGAGACGCGGAUGGUCUUCGAGAGGGUACUGGUGCUCAACUGCGUGGCGGCCCUGAUGCCGCAGUCCGUGCUGAUGGUCCCCGCUGUGGUGAAGAGCCAGUUCGCUGAGCUACAGCACACCAUUGAGCAGACAAUGACGGAGUUGACGGCUCUUUUUGGGCGCUCGCGCUCGGUGGUUGAUUCUGGUCCUCACCCUCGGCCUCGCCCGACCUCGCUGGACCUUCCUGAUUUCCGCGACGAUGACGAUGGGCACCUCUGGCUGAAGCACACACGGAUCCCGAUCGAGCGCUUUCGCAAGUGUCGGUCCCCGCUUCGUCGGCGGCGAGUGGACUUCGAAGUGUAUUCGCCACGUGAGGCGGACCUGGAUGAAUGGGCGGAGUACCCUCAUUGGCUGUGGCCGAGUGUUGCGGACGACAACCCGACGAACUCAUACUGGAGCGUUGCUUCGCAGCGGGCCCGUGCCGUUGCUUGUCGCCCGGAGUUUUGGUUCAUCGGGCCCCUGGGCUUCGUCUACGUGGGCAACUCGUUGUCGGUUGGCCUCCUGCUGUGCUUCGUGGGGGACACGCUGCGCUUCUCCCAAGUACUCGCUGUUCUUCAACUUCGCGGCGGGAUUGGGCCCCCCUAA